AUUUGGAUUUUGGUGGAUUGCUAAGAAACUUCCCUGUUUUAUUUUUCCUCUAUACAAGAAGACUUGACCUCAAGGGAGAACCACCACAUAUAAUUCCCUCAAUUAGUAAAGCAAAAAACAAUUAUUGAAAGCUGAGAGAUGGAAGAUAUUAAGCUGCUUGGUCUAUGGUAUAGCCCUGCUAGUCACAGAGUUGAGUGGGCUCUAAAGAUUAAGGGUGUAAAAUAUGAAUUUAUAGAAGAAAAUCUACAAAAUAAGAGCCCUCUCCUUCUUGAAUCCAACCCUGUUCACAAGAAAAUCCCAGUUCUCAUUCACAAUGACAAGCCCAUUUGUGAGUCUAUGAUCAUUCUUGAAUACAUCGACGAGACAUUUGAAGGUCCUUCCAUCUUGCCUAAAGACCCUUAUGAUCGAGCUUUAGCUCGUUUUUGGGCUAAAUUUCUUGAUGACAAGGUUGCAGCAGUGGUGAAUUUUUUCUUCCUCAAAGGAGAAGAGCAUGAGAAAAGUAACGAGGAAGUUUGUGAGAUGUUGAAAGUUCUUGAUAAUGAGCUCAAGGACAAGAAAUUUUUUGUAGGUGACAAAUUUGGAUUUGCUGAUAUUGCCGCAAAUUUUGUGGGUUAUUGGCUAGGAGUUUUUCAAGAAGCCUUUGGAGUUGUAUUAGUAACAAGUGAAAAAUUUCCAAAUUUUUGUGCUUGGAGGGAUGAAUAUGUUAAUUGCAGCUUAGUCAAGAAAUAUCUACCUCCAAAAAAUGAUUUGCUUGCUUUUGUCCAAGCUUCUGCUUCUAAAGCAUAAACACCUCCUCAUUUAUCUUAUGAAGUGUCGAAUUAUGUAUCAGAAUAUGUACUUAUAAGCGCGUAUGCAAGUUAUUUUGUAAUGAAAUAAUAAUUGUUGUAUAAGUUAUCUUAUUGUUCUCGAGAUUAAA